AUGAGUGAAUCUAGUUUUAAAAAACUAUCACAUCCAAGAAGAUUAAAUAAACUUAUAUUAGCUUUAUUCAUUUCAAUAACUUUUAUAUAUUUAUUUACUUCAUCAUCAUCAUCAAAUGGAAUAAAUUAUGGUGAUUAUUCAAUACUUAAUAAUGUUUUCAAUACUCAACUUAACCCACAUAAUAAUGUUCUUGAUCAUAUAAAACAAAUUAAUAAAACUGAAAUUUCCACUAUUAAAUAUUCAGAAUCAAAUUUAGAAUAUUUAGAUUAUGAUCGUGAUCAUAUAAAAUAUCUUUAUCCAGAAGUUAUUGAUUCUAUUUAUAAUAAUACUGAUUUAAAUCAAGUGGAUUGGUCUAAAUUAGCUUAUGUUCUUUAUGCAACUUCUUCAUCACAUUUAUGUAAUUCAAUGAUGAUUUUUGCUGAAUUAAGAAAAUUUCAAACAAAAGCUGAAUUAGUACUUUUGGUUAAAAGAGAAUUUAUCUUGAAUGAAACUGCAUAUCCUAAUGAAUAUAAAACUUUAACUGAAUUUUCCCAAAAUUAUAAUGUUACUUUAAAACCAACAACUGUUACACAAAUUGGUGGUGAUUCUGUUGAUAUUUGGAAAUCAAGUUUUACAAAAUUAAUGGUUUUCAAUGAAACUCAAUAUGAUCGUAUUAUUUAUUUAGAUGCUGAUGCUAUUAUUCUUAGAGGUAAUAUGGAUGAAUUAUUUUUCAUACCACCAUGUAAAUUAGCUGUACCAACUGCUUAUUGGAUGACAAAAAUUAAAUAUGAAAAAAUGGCUCGUGAUGAUAAUAAGAAGAAUAAAUAUAAGUUGGAAAAUUAUAAGAAUUGGAGACCAUUAACUAAACCUCAAAGAGAUUAUAAAAUUCAAAAAUUAUUAGAUGAACAUGUUAAUAUUUAUAAAGAUUCAAAUCAUAAAAUCCCCACAUCACAGGAUUCAUUAAAACAAGUUGUUAAUUCUAAAAAUUUCCAAAAUCAAUUAUAUAAUGCAUUACCAAAUUAUAUUACAAUUGAUGAAUUUGAAUUAACAAAUAUAGUUAUGGUUAUUCAACCUUCCAAAGAUUUAUUUACAAAAGUAUUAAAUGCAAUUGAAAAUAAACGUAAAAAUGAAUAUGAUAUGGAAUUAGUUCAAAAUCAUUUAUUUUCAUUACCAAAAAUUCUUCAAAAACAAUCAAAAAAUUCAUUUAAUUAUUAUCAUUCAAAUUUCCAAUCUGUUAUUGAUGAAAUUCCUGAAUUUAUGAUUUUACCUCAUCAAAUUUAUGGUACUAUAACACCAGAAAUUAAUUCACAAGUUGAUCAUCAUUCUUAUUUAGCUGAUUCAUUUGAACAAAUAUUUGCACAUAAAUUAUUACAAACUUCAAAUAGAGAACCAGCUUAUUAUGAUACAAAACAUUUAGAUAGACCUGGUGAAGAUUUUUUCAAUAAGAUUAAAUAUUUACAUUUUAGUGAUGCUCCUAUUCCAAAACCAUGGUUUGAACAACGUCUUGAUGCAGAAUAUAUGGGUUUUAGAACUCGUUGUGAAAAACAUCCAGAUUUUCAAAAAGAUGGAAUUGUUAAACCAAAACAUAAAACUCCUGAUUGUAGUGCUGGUGAAAAAUGGGAAUCUGUUCAUAAAUUAUUCAAAGAUGUUAGAAAAGAAGUUUGUGGUUUAGAUUUGAUUUAUACUAAAGAAGACACUUAUCAUAAGAUUAUCAAUUAG